UUCUUUUCUUGGUAAUGAAAUGUAAUUAAAUUUGGUGGAGUGAACAUGUGACCGAAUUUUAUUCUUCUUUUUCUUGGCUAAACAGUCGGGUUUUGUGUUGGUCUUACCAUAUAACAUGGAAUUUGGUUAAAUAUUACAAAAUGGAUGGGAAUUUAAUGUUAAAUCCAUUUUAUCUUAAAAAACAAAAACAAAAAAAACAAAAAAACAAACAAAAACAACCAGACCAUCUUGUGAGAGCUGCAGUCCUAGUUCUUCUCAAAUGGUCAAGGUAGUUGGUUGUGAGUGGUAACCUACUCUCUGAACUUUUUUGUGUCCUUUUUUUUUACUUAUUAAAAUUCAGCAAUGGAGAAAAUUUUCGCAGUGCUGUAGAUAGUUGCAACUUACAAGUCAGCCCAACACGAAACACUCGUUGCAGCUGAAAAAAAAAAAACAUUUGAAAAUAAUGUAUUGGUUCUCUGCCUCCUUCCUCAGUCUCUGUUACAAGGUCACAAGACUCGCAACAGAACCUCGGUUUCUCGGGCAAAGAACAGAGCAUUUCUGAUCGGAUUUUCCAUUCAAGGGAUGUUUAGGUCCUUUGAGUUUGAGCUGCAUUUGCUGUUCUCUAUUGUUAAAGUCCUUCUCUUUGAUCUCUCUCACUUCACUGUGAUCCAUCAAACCCUCUUAGAUUCUUUUUCUUGUUAGGUUGAUUAUCCAAAGCAAAUCCCAUUUCUGAAACCCCAAAUAAACCCGAAUGUCAUAGGAAAUCCAGUCCAACCCAACUACCUAAAUCUAUUUUACUGUUUAUUGACCACCCAAAUUAUAGAUUCCUGAUCUCCUAUUCUAGAGGAAAUCGCUUCCUGUAGUCUAAAAUAUUGUUUAAAUUGCGGUUCAAGAGAAAGGGAUUCAUGCUUCUUUAACAUCACUGUUCCAUUGAGAUCACCCAAGUCUCCAAAUUUUGUCAAUUUAGAUCAACCCAUCUCCUCAAAUUUUCUGAAAAAUGUCAGCUUCCAAUUUAAGGACUCCUUUAAACCCUCCAUCAUCAGUAUCCCCAUCCUCAUUGAAGCUUCCUGAUUUCAAACAAUCUGUGAAGCUGAAGUAUGUGAAGCUUGGCUACCAUUACCUCAUCACCCAUGGGAUGUACCUGUUCCUAUCCCCUCUAUUUGUUCUCACUGUGGCACAGCUCUCUACAUUUUCACUCCAAGAUCUCCAUGACCUUUGGGACCAUCUCAGGUUCAAUCUCAUAUCUGUUGUCCUUUGCUCAACUCUUUUGGUCUUCUUAUUGACCCUUUAUUUCCUUACUCGUCCACGCCCCGUUUACCUUGUUGAUUUCUCAUGCUAUAAGCCGGAGGAUGCCCGAAAAUGCCCGAGACAAAUAUUCAUGGAUAGGUCUCAUUUUAUAGGAACAUUCACUGGGGAGAACCUCGAGUUUCAACGAAAAAUUCUUGAGAGAUCAGGUCUUGGGGAGUCAACCUACCUCCCUGAAGCUGUUAUACAGGUUCCUCCUAAUCCAUGUAUGGCAGAGGCCAGAAAAGAAGCUGAGAUGGUAAUGUUUGGUGCCCUUGAUCAGCUCUUUGAGAAAACUUCUAUAAAACCAAAAGACAUUGGUAUUCUGAUUGUAAAUUGUAGCUUGUUUAAUCCAACACCAUCUUUGUCAGCUAUGGUUAUCAAUCAUUAUAAGCUACGAGGGAAUAUUAUUAGUUAUAAUCUUGGUGGGAUGGGAUGUAGUGCUGGCUUGAUCUCGAUUGAUCUUGCUAAAGAUCUUCUUCGAGUCCACCCCAAUACCUAUGCUUUGGUCAUUAGCAUGGAAAACAUCACUUUGAAUUGGUAUUUUGGGAAUGAUAGAUCAAUGCUUGUUUCAAACUGCUUGUUUAGAAUGGGAGGAGCUGCAAUAUUGCUUUCAAACAAUGGGUCUGACAGACGUCGAUCCAAGUACCAACUGGUUCAUACUGUUCGAACCCACAAAGGUGCCGAUGACAAGUGCUUCUCAUGUGUAACCCAAAAAGAGGAUUUUGCAGGUAAAAUUGGAGUUUCUCUGUCGAAAGAUCUUAUGGCAGUUGCUGGAGAUGCUUUGAAGACCAACAUCACUACCUUGGGUCCUCUUGUGUUACCUAUGUCUGAACAGUUGCUCUUCUUUGCCACACUUGUUGGGAGAAAGCUUUUCAAGAUGAAGGUGAAGCCUUACAUCCCUGAUUUUAAAUUAGCUUUUGAACAUUUCUGCAUUCAUGCCGGAGGAAGAGCUGUGCUGGAUGAAUUGGAGAAGAACUUGCAGCUUUCGGAUCGCCACAUGGAGCCGUCAAGGAUGACACUUUACAGAUUUGGCAACACUUCAAGCAGCUCUCUUUGGUAUGAAUUGGCUUAUACAGAAGCCAAGGGGAGGAUGAAAAAGGGAGACAGAACUUGGCAGAUUGCGUUCGGGUCUGGCUUCAAGUGCAACAGUGCAGUUUGGAAGGCUUUGAGAACUGUGAAUCCAGCAAAAGAGAAGAAUCCAUGGAUGGAUGAGAUCCAUCAGUUCCCAGUGGAUGUUCCAAAGGUCUCAGCCCUCUAAUUCCAGUGGCAGUUUCCCAUUUCUUCUAGCAAUAUAAAAUAUAUUAGGGGUAGCUAGUUUUCUGUUUCACUGCUACACUCUUCAUGUUUGGCUUUAAUGGAGUUACUGUUUGGCUUUAGUUAUUAGGAGAGGAGAUAGAUGGUGUUAGUGUUUGGUUUACAGUGUAUCCGUGUGGUUUUGACUUGUGAUUAUAUACCUAAUUAAUCGGCUGUUUGUUUUAUUAUGGUAUUUUUCUUGUAGUUUUGAGUGUUUUAUGCUGUUUGGUGAUCCAUAAACUGGGAUUAAUAUCCAAUGAGAAGGAUUAUUCCUAAUCAUCAUAUAUUCUUCUUGGGUUGAUA